GCAGUGCUCCUCUGCGGCGGCCAGAAUUGCGGCGUUUGUUGCCGGAGGAGCCGUCCCUCGGCCAGCGGCGAGCUUGGCGCGGCUCUGUUGGGUCCCGGAGCUCGAGGGGCAGGGAGUCCGCCUGCGGGAGCACCGCGGAGAGAAGCGGCGGCGGCUGUUGCAGGAGGGUGUAACUUUUCCAGCUAGAGGGCUAUUUGCUCGGAAGGAUAACAUCUCUGAAGGACCCCUGCUGUGUAGGCAGACUGGCACGGCGGUGAAUGAGGCUUGUUUCUUUAUAAGUUCCUGUUGAAAUCUAAGUGUCGCUGUUCACUACAAAAACUGUUGGAAUUCUAGAUUCUGCCUGUGAGUUGGCUAUAGGACUGAUCAACACUGACAAGAAGGAAGGAGGAGAAAGUUGCACCCAAUCAGUGCAGGUCCAUUUCUAGGUGGCUGUGGUGACCUUGGAGUGGCAGAAGGUCAUCACCUUCAACAGGUCUGCACUCAGAAGCCAUCGUCUUCUCUCAGCCUGGGUGCUUCUGCCCUCUGUGUCACUGACAGAGGCAAGUGUUUGGAAAGGGGUCUGUGUGACUGCUGAACUGACAGUCGACUCUCUGCUCUUGUUACCAAGUUUAUCUCUGACAAAGAAAAGGGUGUUAAGACAUUGAUCAAGACCAAGACUGUACGGUACUAUCUGUAUAACUGGGUUUCUACCAUGGCUGGGUCUAAGAAUGGGCGUAGAAACAAGGCCAAAAAUGGCAAAAGGUCUGGUGCACAAGCUGAAGGAGAGAAGGCAGCCACUGGUGUAGUUAAAUCUGGAGGCAAGAACCGGGCUAAAUCAACAGCCAAGUCAGGAUCUCAGCCAAAGGCAGGGGCAGAGAUGAAGGCAGUAUCUAAGAACAGGGUUGUUACUGAGAAGAAGAAAGGGGGCCCAGCAGAUACCAGUCCCAAAUCUGAGGACGAGGCUACUAAAAUGUCCCGGUUUUGCUCUGUGCCUGAGACCCAUACUGAGUCCAGGUCCACACGUAAAGAAAAGACUGGUAUUGAUGCCUGGUUCUGGGCUGGGGAAGACACAAGUGUUGGUUCCUGGUUCUGGAAUGGAGAAGAGGCGGGUAAUCGGUCCAGUGUUAAGAAUGAAGGUAAAGCUAAGGAUACUGGUCCCCUGUCCUGUGCUGAGAAGUCGGAACCUGUGGUGGGGGCCAGCUACAAGGCUAAGCCAGGAGCGGAGGAGGAAGAAGAGGAGAAUGUUAUUGGUAACUGGUUUUGGGAUGGAGAUGAAACUAGUUUUGAUCCUAAUCCUAAACCUGUGAGCAGGAUAAUUAAGCCCCAGCCUGUCGAUGAAAUUAAUGAGAAAAAUAGGCCUAAAGACUGGUCUGAGGUAACAAUCUGGCCUAAAGCUCCUGCUGUAACUCCAGCAGUGUUAGGAUUUAGGUCCCAGAUCCCAUCUGAGAUAAAGCCACCUUCUUAUAUUGUCCUGGCCUCAGCUGAGGAAAAUCCUCAUUCUUUGCCUGUAGCAGGAGCAGCAGCAGCAGCAGCAGCACCAUCAACAUCAACAUCAGCGCCAACACCAGCACCAAUACCAUGCUCUUCUAGGAGCGCUCCCUCUGGUGCUCAGUCUGUCCCUGAGCACCCAUUUGGUUCUGACCCUUGCAUCCAGACCAUAGAGGAGAUCAGACGCCAAAUCAGGAUCAGGGAGGUGAAUGGGAUUAAGCCAUUUGCUUGCCCUUGCAAAAUGGAAUGCUACAUGAAUUCAGAGGAAUUUGAAAAACUUGUUACCUUACUUAAGUCAACUACUGAUCCUCUCAUUCAUAAAAUAGCUCAAAUUGCAAUGGGCAUCAUUAAUGUCCAUCCAUUUGCCCAAGAGUUCAUUAAUGAGGUGGGAGUAGUGACACUUAUUGAAAGCUUGCUCAGUUUUCCUUCCUCUGAAAUGAGAAAAAAGGCUGUGAUUACUCUCAAUCCCCCUUCUGGAGAUGAAAGACAGCGCAAAGUUGAAUUACAUGUUAAGCAUAUGUGUAAGGAAACCAUGUCUUUUCCCUUGAACUCACCAGGACAGCAGUCUGGAUUAAAGAUUCUAGGGCAACUGAGUACUAAUUCUAACCAUCACCACAUUGUUGCCAAUUAUUUCUCAGAACUUUUCAAUUUGCUAUCCCAGGGAAAUCGUAAAACCAGAAAUCUUGUUUUGAAAGUACUUUUGAAUAUGUCAGAAAAUCCGGCUGCAGCCAGAGAUAUGAUCAAUACAGAGGCAUUAGCAGCAUUAAAACUUAUCUUUAACCAGAAGGAGGCAAAGGCCAAUCUUGUUAGUGCUGUGGCCAUAUUUAUUAACAUAAAGGAGCAUAUCAGAAAGGGCUCAAUUGUAGUGGUUGAUCACUUGAGUUAUAAUACGCUCAUGGCCAUCUUCCGGGAAGUUAAAGUGAUUAUUGAAACAAUGUAAAAUGAGCCAGAAAUAAGAGAGAACACUUGGAUCAAUCUCCGAACUCCAGUAAGGUGUCUGUUCCAAAAGCGCUUUGCAUAAUGUUUUGAUUAUUACAGUGUGCACAUUACAAAUUACACCUUUAACACAAUAUUACCUGUGACAGUUCCUAGGUUUAAAUUAGAUAAUUUUGGAGCUAUCAAAUGAAUAUUACAUUGUGAGGUGAAUGUAUUUGUUCACUUUUUACCUUGUGUAGGUUUAGAAGCAUUUUAAUAUUUUACUUUGGAAGAUAGUGAACCAGUUCAUCAAAAGUAAGCUAACUUGUUCAUUAGUACUUGCUUAGAUGUUUUGUGGCUUCAAAUGGCAUAAAAAGAAAAUACCCUUGAGCAUAUAUAUAUAUAUAUUUAAUCUAGCUGCAGAAAUAAAGCAUAUGUACACAAAAAGAUGACUAAUAAUGCUUAGAUGUAUACCUACACACUCACUGCCAGUGGUUCACUCUACAUGAAAGAGGCAGACAUUGCUGUGUUUAAUGAAAAAGGGAUUACUGUUUUCCCCCUAUUCCACCUGCAUCGGUCAACUCAUUCUACAACACAACAAUGGCCCUGAAUCUUAGAUAAAAUGUAUUUCUUAUUUUCUUUUGCCACUACAUUGAUAGCUUAAAUUGUGUGGCUAUUUUAUUUAUGUCAGUCUUUUCAAGGAAGAGAAAUGUAGUAUGUUUAUGGAGGAAUCGUUUCCUGAGUACCUGCUCUGAUGUCACACACUAUUGGCACUGUAUUUUGCAUGUUUUUUUUUUUUUUUCUCUCACAAUGAUCCUGAGUUAGGUACUGGCAUCUUUUUUUAAAUUAUGACUUGUACUGGGUGCCUCUAGUGAGAACUAGGUAAGUUAAAUAUUUUCCCGAAAUUCACACAGCAAGCAGAUGGCAUAGCUGUUUUGCCUGACACCAGAACCCACUCUUGAACGUUCCUUCAAGGCUCAGUUUGAUUUUAAUGAUUCUGUUUUGCUGUAGAUAAUGUCCCUGCUAGGACUUGCAAUUCUUAACUUCCUCCAAAUGCACAUGUCCAUUACGUAUUUGCUGACUGGGACUUGGGAAAAAUCUGGGAUGAGUAUAUGGAUUUGAUCUGGCAGUAUCUGAGAAAGAGUAGGCGCCCCAAACUGUUGACUGAGUGAGAAAGAUUUGGAAUCAUUAGCAAGUGAAACUCACUAAUAUAGCUUGCCUACCUUUUUCAAUCCCAGUGUACUUUUUUUUGGUCAAAGAACUAGAAUCAUUCUAUACAUUGUUUCAUACAGUACAUUUUAAAAGACAAUGGCUUUCUCCUUACAAAAUCAUACCUUGAUUUUUUUGACUAAUAUUUAUUCUCCUGUGUCAUAUGAAAGUCUAAAGGGCUCUACCUUUUACUAGUAGGCUAGCCCACUUUGUGCAUUUGUACCAGCUCAAACUGUGCAAGAUAAACUAAUGGGAGAAAUUUAGACCUAGAACUGCAGCUUCAUCAACACAGUACAGGAGAAUUAGGAGAGAAGCUGCUGCCUCAGACUCUGUGAUGGUGAUUCUUGGAAGUCCGCUCCAUACAGAAAGCAUUGCCAGCACUUUAGGGCAAUGGCUGUGUUCUCUAAGACUCAUGGUAGGAAUUACAACACCUGGUCUGAACUGAAGAGAAUGUCUAAGUGUGAAAAUGCUUUGAGAUUUUUAAGAAGUUAAACAAGAUCAUACCGUAAAUAUGCGUUGUAACUUGCUUUUCCCCCAGUAACUGUAUAUUGUGAACAUCUUUCUAUGUCAAUAAAUUGGCUUCUACAACAUAUUUUGAAUCACUUACUGCUU